UCUAUAGUCUCUGCUUGGCUACAAUGAAUGAAGUGGUCGUGUUUGUGUAAAUGAUUGUGGAACAAAGAAUUUACAAGACGAAUUAAAUGAGGCUCGGCAGAGUAUCGCUGUUUAACAUUACUCAUGAGUACGGAAGAGACUCUGUUGAACCUCGAUUUCGACAAGCCGCACAAUCCAAUUACGCUGCCGGAUGACGGCGUGGUAUCUCUGUCCAGUAGUGCUGAGGAGAUUUGUUUAGUGCCAGAGGUCGGUUUCGAGGGCAACGUGGAUUCCCCGGGGGUCAACCGGGAGUCGCAGCCGCUCCUGGGCGGCCGUAGCGACUUCGAAGUGUCCUACAACCAUUUUCCAGAUGACCCACAGUUCAGCGAGUUGGUAUGGCAGGCGGAGGUGGCCAUCGACAACAACAUCUUCCCGGAGAGGAUAUACCAGGGCUCCAGUGGCUCCUAUUUCGUCAAGAACCCUGGUGGGAAAAUAAUAGGCGUAUUCAAACCAAAAGACGAGGAGCCGUACGGCCGUCUAAACCCAAAAUGGACGAAGUGGAUGCACAAGCUGUGUUGCCCCUGCUGCUUCGGCCGGUCAUGUCUGAUCCCCAACCAGGGGUACCUGUCCGAGGCCGGUGCGAGUCUCGUGGACGCCAAGAUUGGACUCAAAAUCGUGCCAAAAACUAGGGUGGUCAAAUUGGUGUCGGAGACUUUCAACUACUUGCGGAUAGACCGGGAGCGCUCGCGGCUCAAACGGGCCAUCACGGAACAAUUCCCUAAUCUACGAUUUAAUAGGAUGGGACUCCCGCCGAAGGCGGGCUCGUUCCAGCUGUUCGUGGAGGGCUACAAGGACGCCGACUACUGGCUGCGGCGCUUCGAGCAGGACCCGCCGCCCAAGCACGUCAUGGCGAAAUUCCAGUUACAGUUCGAACGGCUGGUCGUGUUGGACUACAUCAUUCGGAACACGGACCGCGGCAACGACAACUGGCUCAUCAAGUACGACGCGCCGCAGACCACGCCAAGGGGGGACGUCGACAUGACUGACCCUAGCAAUUGGCACACGCCGGAAGUGUCGAUCGCGGCCAUCGACAACGGGCUGGCGUUCCCGUUCAAGCACCCCGACUCGUGGCGCGCCUACCCCUACCACUGGGCCUGGCUGCCGCAGGCCAAGCUGCCCUUCACGCAGGAGACCAAAGAGUUAGUACUUCCGUUGUUAUCAGACAUGAACUUCGUCCAAGAAUUAUGUGAUGAAUUACACCAAUUAUUUAAACAAGACAAAGGGUUCGACAAGGGUCUGUUCGAGCGGCAGAUGUCCGUGAUGCGAGGGCAGGUGCUCAACCUCACGCAAGCGCUCAAGGACAACAAGAGCCCCGUGCAACUCGUGCAGAUGCCGGCCGUCAUCGUGGAGAGGUCCAAGAGCGGGUCGACGUCGUCGCGGUUCUUCGACUCGUUCCAGCAGCGCUUCCAGCACAAGUCGCCCUUCUUCUCCUGGUGGUAGCGCCCAAAACAAAUGGUGAUAAUACGCGGUGAAGCUGAUAGUAAACAAUUGUAUGUAUAUUUAUGUAUGUAUCGAUGUACAUUAGCGCAUAUUCAUGUAAAAUAGCUACUGCUGGAUUUGUCUCAUUCAUUUAUGCUAUAAUUUUAUAUCUACUUAAAAAUAUACUACUCUCAUUGGCACGGAUAGUUACCUAUCUAAUGUAAAGUUUGUGACAUUUUGAAUUGUCUAUUAUUUCCUAAAGACUAUGGCAUUUGUGUUCAGUAUUUAGAAUUUUAAUUGUAAUACUUACACGAGUAGUAAUGUAAACCUAAAUAUCUGUGAUAGGAUUCAAAUUCCUUCCCUACAGGGUGUCUCAAAAACAGCGGGAAAUCACUCAAAUGUGUAUGGUAUGCUGGUUGAGAAAAAGUAGAAGAAAACAUUUUAAUUUUUUUUAAUGGGUGAUGUGGUACAGUUCUUUCCAACCACUUAGAGGCCAAACUGUUCCCGCGAAAAUUUGUUUUCUUAUAUUUUUUCCAAUCAGUAGGAAAUAAUAAUUUUUGACAAUUGAAAUUUUACUGACUGUAUAUUCGGAGGAACUCAUUUCGGAUAUGGAUUGGAGCUUGUUUUGUAUGUUACCUCUAUUUAUUAGUUUAGGUACUUGAAGAAACAGCCAGUCCUAAAUAAUUUAGUUUGUAACUCUUAAAAUCAUUGAGUGAAUUGUAUUUAUUUUCUGUAUAAAAAUCUCAUUUACUUAUUCGCUUAGUGCUAACGCACUAAAUAUUAAAACUUAUACUGUAUAUAUCUACUUUUCAAACAGUGGUUCAGUACAAAGUGUAUUUUUAAAGGAUUUUUAAUCAGCAGUGCUAUUUUUUUUUUUUCAUUACAAACAACCAAAUAGAAAGUGUUAUAUUGUUUACAUCGUACUGAUAUAAAAUAAGCAAACAAGCACUAGAAAAACUACUACGAUUGUAAUGAAUUAGGGUCAAGUUAGGACCAAACUAGUCGAAUGUGUUUUUCCGAUAUAUUUUUUUACAUUCUAUGUUAUACUUUAACAAAUUCAGUUUCUUUUAAAUUAAAUAAUAGCCCAGUUUAUUAUUAAAUAAAAACAUAAUGAAUUAACGACGUGUAAAGCGUUAUCUGUACACCGAUUUACAACAAAUUAUUCAACUCCGAACUAAAAAAUGAGCGGAAUUCCGGCAAAAAAGGUGACGAUGCUACAGUUUGAGCUCAAGGGGCAUAUUGCAUAAUAAUUAGUUAAAAUACAAGUGUUCGUUU